AUCUUGCCGAAAGCAAACUUGCAAUCAAAUAUAUUUUGUUCAUUUUCGGCAUAUUGCAACCAUCAACAAGUUUACUGAAGAACCUCAUUCCGAUACAUGGGGCUCAGAACUAGCGCAUUAUAUUUCAUCCGAUUGUUUAAUUGUGCAAUAACAAAUUCUGUCACAGUCAUCAAUGUUUCAAGUGCAGUAGAUUAGCAGGACAUGUUAAUCAUAGGACUUUGUUAUCAGAGGGGGAAUGUAGUAUAUACAUGUAUCUAUCGUGUACACACGUCCACAGUCUGACUUAAUUCAAUCAUAAAAUGUAAAAUAGGAAAAUAAACGUGUACACUUAAAUCUCACGAGAGAGACUGAAGUACUGGGUACAUUAUAUGGGUACCUGUUAACAUAAAUAAGAAUACUCAGCCAUUCUACAUGUUUACUAAAUUAGCUCCUUCAUAACUUAUGUAUAAUAUAAGUCAUUAUCAGGUGUGUCUUUUAUAUACUAAAUGAAUAAUUAAUUAAUGUUAUUACAUCUUGGAAUGACAUAUAUGCCUGGAAUUGGCUAAAUUCCACGAUGUCUAAGUUAGCUCAUUUAUAGAGUACUACAUGUUCACCACCAAUACACAAUAAAUAGAAAAUAAACGGGAAAAAGAAAUAUUCGAUAUAUGUGAUCAAUAUACUGAAGCCAUUCCCUAAACAGAGAUUGGCCAACCUAGUGGCGCAUUUGUGGGAUUCUGAGUCCCACAAGAGAUGAAAAUAUUGUAGUAGUAUACACACAGGUACAUACGAGAUGAAUGAUAAAUUUUCCCCCCUUUGGUUUUAAGGUGAUAUCGCGGGCCGGUGAACAUUAUCAAAAUUUGUUUAUAUUGCGGCAUGCAGUAUCUGCAGCCCCGAAUUGUGACCUGGAUCUUCACCAAACAGGUCCAAGCAUAUUUUUGACUCAGUGUAACCACGGGCAUGGUAAGAUAUGCUAAUAAGGGGAAUAAAAGUUGGAGAGGGUCCCCCCGUAAUCUCACUUAAAUCUCGUGACGGGGGACUAAUUACUCUCUCCACCAAUCGUCGCUGAUAUUAAUAGGCCGUGCACAUAUACCACUUACGAGUCGUGUAAUGACGAGUGAUAAGACAAUUAUUUUUCUUUCAUUCAUAAGACGUUGUACGUUAAGUUCGCUCAUGUACAUUUAUAAACCGGCAUUCUAGAAAGUGUCAUUCAGUAUUUCACGACCGACACAUCAGCGAGCCCAACAGGUAUAUACAUCAUUAUUCAAGCAAACGACAAUAUUAUUUAUACUGCACACCACGUGGAGAGAAAAAAUACCUUCUUGUUUAGCAGACAGCAAAUAGACAGAAGAACUAAACAAAAAAACAUUGAUUGGAGGCGUGAAAAUAGAAUUAACAGUCACCGCUCGUGAAACUUCGUCAUUACGUUACGGAUAGACUGAAGAAGGAAUACUGAGCAUUGAUCCGGAGUGAGGUAAUAACGUGGUAGCAUGGAAGACUUUCUUCCGCUGUGCUCGAGCUUGGAGAGGGAGCAAUACACUCUACAGAGACUCAACUCAUCCGGCGAGGAAACGGACCCGGGAUAUGACAGAUACCGCAGCAGUAGCCCUUCAUCGUCAGUCUGGAGCUUGGAUAGCAUGGAUGACGAAGUUUAUUUGGAAUACUUGUUUUCUCAAGGACUAGCGGACAGUAUCGAAAAACCUGACCCGGUAAGUCCUGAAAUCAUUACUAACUGUAGUGCCAAAAUAUCGUCUUUCUGUGAUUCGUACUGUAACCAGUUUUUUGGAAUUGACCACUCGUUGUCGUCUGCGUCCUCAUGCCGCUCGUCUAGGGAUGAUGUGUUCGAUGAGGAGUCUUCUAACUCUGACUCCACGGACGGUGAAUUAGUGGUACUAGGCGUUGGACUACAAAAUCUUAUGCAUAAUUAUUGUGCAAAACCAAGCAACGAAAACAAUGUAAGUGAAUAUAAGAUAGAUUUACCCAAAAAUACUCAGUUUGUAGCCUAUUCGCGAGGACAACACGUGAGCAUCACUAGGCAACCACUGUCUCAUUCGUCUGCAAACUCGCUACUUUCGCAUAAGAGUCUUCUGAAUACCAUUGUCCCAACCGACCCAGUUUCAAAAUCAACGAUUUCCAGAAACACGGCCACGAAUGGAAUCAAAGAACAGAAAGUCGACGAUAAAAUUUACCACUGCACUUACAAUGGCUGCAACAAAGUGUAUAGCAAGAGUUCCCAUCUAAAGGCUCACUUGCGCCGACAUACGGGUGAGAAGCCAUUUUCCUGUACAUGGCCCGGAUGCGGGUGGAGAUUUUCACGCUCGGAUGAACUUGCGCGACAUAAACGAUCGCAUUCAGGGAUAAAACCGUAUCAGUGCAAGAUUUGUGAAAAAAGAUUCUCACGAUCCGACCAUCUAUCGAAGCAUCUCAAAGUUCAUAGAAAGCGGUAACUUAAGAUGACCUAGAAAUCCGACUUCCUGCCAAAACCAUAUAUAGUUACAGCGAGCAAUGUGUGUGUUCGAAGAGAAAUACAAAUGGUGCUAUAUAAAAUUGCCAGAACAAAAGAAAUCCAGAUAUCAUAUUGUGUUUGUGCUACAUCAAAAAGACCUCAUGAAUAUUGCAUUUCGUGAUUUUGGGGCCAAGAUACAUCAUUCUAAGUCUUAGCAGGCUUCGAUUUGCUGAAAUAUGUAUGAAGCGAAUGUACUUGCAAAAAAAUGUAAAGACGUGUAUCGCGUGACCAAUUUUGAUCGAUGAUGGAACUCGUCGAGAUAUUUAGAAGCCGAAGUUUAGAGCUAUCCUCUUAUAGAAUUAAUCAAUAGCACUUCAUGUAUGAAACUGUCUCGGACCGUCAUAUCCUCCAUGCUUACAGUGAAAAUCGACCCAAAUGAUAGAUUUGAUGCGGAUCCAAAGAGUUUUGUCAUUUUUUUCUAAUUUGUUUAUAAAUGAUUUAAAGGUCUUGAUUCAGCACCACAUUUAUAGGUUGUACAUUUGAUUUUCCCACUCCAUUUUCAUUUAUUGUAAAUCAUUCGCAUUCAUUAGCAAGGGUAAACUUCGUAAGUAAUUUACUUUUAAUGUGUAUUGAAAAAGCUCUAAAAGCGGUUUGUGAUAGUGUGAACGAUUGUUUAUAGGGCACACAAGAAUUGUGCCUAGGGGGAACUUUCCAUAUGUUGAAAGAUUCAGGUAUGCUUAUUAUUCCGAAAACAACAAAGCUAGACCCAUCUAUUACCUCUACAAGGCAAAUGCAUGGUGAAUAAACAGUCCCCUAGUCUACGAAUAUUUUUUUUUUAUGUGUGAGAAAGUUAUUUUUACGUGUGAAUGAAUGUAGGUCUUUCUCUCUCUCUCUCUGUAUUUUCCACAUAUUUAAUCCAAUGCAUCAUGUAUCAAGUUAAUGUGUGAGAGGGGAAAGUGCGUUGCGUGGAGAAAAAACGUCAUAUAUAUUCAUUUGUGUGUAAAAUUUGCCGGGAGCAGUUGCAAAGUAAUGUUUAAAAGUGCAAUAUGUAACUUUAACAUGGACAUAGUGCGCGAUGACUGAAUCAUGUUGCAUCAUUAAACUGCGGCGGGCUGGUUUCCGCCGAUUCAUUUCACCCUUAAAAUGUAAACAUAAUACUUCAAGAGUCAAAGUCCUCUUUAAAAUUGUCCACAUCAUGUAGAGCAAUUUUGUAAUACAGUGGUGGAUCCCAGAUAAGUUGAAGGGGGUUAUAAUUCUUUCAUAUUUUUGUCAAUUUUUAAUCCCUUUCCUCUUUUUACAAUAUUUAUUUCCCGAUGCUAUCCAUCCACCCAGCUUGUUUUCAUCUAUCAGUACGCAUGUUACAGUUUUUUGUACAAUUUUUAAGCAUUAUUAUAACGUGCAAUUUUAGUGUCAAAGUAAACUGAUAGCAAUAUUCAUUGUGUAACGACUGGGUUCACAUUCCUUCUUUCACUUCGCUUGACUUGCGCCGACACCGGGUCAUAUUUAUUUACAGACAGGUAAAACGAGUUUUCAUGUAUUCUUUGGGAAUUCUAAACCAAAAUUUCAAAUUUUUGUUCAAAUCCAAACCGGGUUUCCCCGUGUAUCUCUUGGACACGCCUGUCAAUGCUGUCCUCGCGUGAUUCUGAGUAAUAAUUUGUUGGUUUUUUAAGCACGUGAGUUGAACUCCAAUUGAAUUAAUUUCUCAAUGGAAAUAAAAAUGUUUUUUUCUGCGUUGAUCGCAGUAUGAAGUUGUUGAUUUUAAUUUAAUUCAGGUAUUGUGCCGUAGGACUUUUUCCCCGCAUGUAAUUGUUUACGUCUAUGCACUUGGUCGUCUUGUUUCAGUGAGAAAUCUUGUUGUUUCGUUGAUUCAUUGAAUGCUGUACUUAAUUUAGUGGUGCUACAAUGUUUAAAAUAUAUGUGAUUGUUAGAGAAAUGAGAUUGAAUUGUUAAUUUCAUGAUGUAUAUGAACGAUUACUUAGAAUUUACAGGAAUGAAGUCUCACGUGAUUCUACA